AUGGCCCAGUACUAUCCGCAGCAACAGCCCUACGGGUCGCAGGCCUCGCCACAGAAUCUUCAGUUCUACCCUUCAUCAUACUCCUCGGUAUCCGGCCAUACGACGCCCUCACAGGCCUCUUAUGGCGGUUUUGGGGGGGCUGCUGGCUCGGCCGCCCAGACAUAUCCCGUUGGAGGGGUUGGCGGUGGAUAUGGGGGUUUCGGGUCCCCUGCCGCUGGAGUUAGUGGCAGGAUGGGUGAACAGGGUGGGUUGAGGACAGGAUGGCUUGCUGCGUUUGGCACGGAGGGUUACGACGGGGAGCCGCCGCUUCUGGAGGAGCUGGGCGUGAAUUUCGAGCACAUUCGAACCAAGACAUUGACUGUGCUCAAUCCCUUUGCGCGGAUCGACCAGCACCUGAUGGACGAUAGCGAUCUGUACGGCGCCCUCCUCUACAUAGUCCUGUACGGGACAUUCCUCCUCCUCUCGGGCAAGGUUUUCUACGGCUAUAUCUACGGCGUCGCCGUCUUCGGCACCGUCGCUUUGCAUCUGAUCUUGAGUCUCAUGUCGCCCGCCCUCGACACCGGCUCCGGACCCAACACCGCGGACCCAAGCAACUACGACCCUCACCACAAGCCCACCAUGUCUGAUGCCUCGUCUGUCGGCCACUUCUCCGCGACUCUGACCUUCCCCCGGUCUGCCAGCGUCCUUGGAUACUGCUUCCUGCCCCUGGUCCUGACCAGUCUGGUCGGCAUCAUGAUCCCCAUGGAUACGCUGUUCGGAUACCUGUUGACGACGGCCGCGGUCGGGUGGUGCACGUACAGCUCCUCGGGGAUGUUCUGCGCCGUGGCGCGAAUGCGCGGCAUGAGAGGCCUGGUGGCGUAUCCGCUUGCUCUGUUCUACGUUGUCUUCGGUAUCAUGGGGAUCUUCUCAUCUCGUGGUAGUGGGACUCUCGCUGUGAAGACGGGCGCCGCCUAA